AUGGUCAGCGUGACAAUCUUCGUGCCUCCCGACAGCACCGUGGCGGACGCGAGAGAGACGAUCACGAAGUGGUUGACGACCGAGGACAAACGUGCGGCCAAGAACGUGAACCGAGCUCCUGGCCCGAAGCUGGUGAAGCUGUCCUUGACCCCGACGAUUACGGAAAUCAAGUGCAAGGGAGGGACCGUGCGGGACGAGCAACGGCUGAGCGAUCUGUUGGAGGACGGCGAAGCGUUGGAAGUGCUGGCCGACCAAGAUUACGCUCCCAAGGCUGGCUGUACCCUCUCCUAG